AUGAAGUACUUCACUGCCACGCUCUUGGCUGCCCUAGUGGCUGGCGCUGCUGCCGCACCAGCCAUCGUUCCUGGUCUUCCCGAAGGGGACUCAUCGCUCACCAAGACCUUGACCGAUCUUCCCGAGGUUCUGAGUGGUCUCACUGGCGGUCUCGGCAAGCGAGACGUGCCCGUUGUCGAUGAAAUCGUCGACGUAGUCCAAGAGGAGACCGAGGGUACCCCCGUCAAAGGCCGUGAUGUCCCUCUUCUUGGCGGCCACUCCGGCCUUCUCCAAGGUCUCGGAGAAACGCUCGACUCCGUCGAGAAGAUUGUUCCCGUCCUCGGAGGUCGUUCCUCCGACGCCGAGUAA